AUGGAGGUCCGCGCUUCUUCACCGUCGUCGGAUCAAUUGGGCAAGCGUGUUGUUGUCAGCGACAUCAACAACGAUCCGUCGAUACCAAUGGAAAUCGAGGUACCACCGGAUGAACCAGUAGAUUUUCAACAAAAGAUCGCCAUGCGUCGAUUGCUAACACCUAAAUCCAUCGAAGGUAUGGAAAAUUGGGGAAUUCCGCCGGAACCGGAGACCGAAUGUGAUCAGGCGUUACAGGAAAAAAUUGCUCAUUUUCAUCAAUUAAAGAGCAAAGGUAUCUUUUUCAACGAAAAUCUUUUAAAAAAUAAGGCUUUUCGUAAUCCACAUAUAUAUAAUAAGUUGGUAGAAUUUGUGGAGUUGGACGAGAUCGGUUCAAAUUUUGAUAGAGCAAUAUUCGAUCCUUACGGAUUUCCACCAGAAGCGUUCGCGGAUCAACUCGCGGAAGCUCAAAAGAAGCAAGCGGAGGAACGACAACAGCAGCAGCAACAGCAUCGGUCACAGAUACAAUUUGUAGGUUCGAGUUCCAGCAGUCAGGGAAUAUCCAAAGCUCGACACGUUAUGCAAAGCCUUGCGGCUCGAGCGGAAAAAGGCUCCUCAGCAGCUAAUGUCGUUAUCACGUCUGCCACCUCCGUGACAUCCUCGCAACAAACUUUACCCAAUGUAAAUGACACCGCCACCAACACCGUCAUUACUGCUGCUAGUUCAAGAGGGAUUUCCGGUGCGUGA